AUGGGAGACCCACCGAAAAGUAAGGAAGACGUUAUUCGUUAUUCUUGAGCAGUGGUCAUAUGGCAAGCGGGAGGACGAGCUCUUUCUUCCCACGGUGGCAGGCGGGAGCGGUGGAGGACGCAGCCUCUGGCGGGCUGCCGCUUCGCCUGGUGGGGUGUCGGAGCCUCCGGAGCGAUCUCGGUGGCUUGGGAGAAGAGCCUCUGGCUUAAAAGUCGUGAAGGAAGAGGCGAGAGUGUGGAAAAGGAGGAUUGGGGGGUAGCUGCCAUGGACGGGGGUUGGGCGUCAGAGGCAGAUGACUCCAGUUCAGGGCGACCGCUCCGGUGCUAAAAUCCUGGAGACAUUUGCUGGAAGUCCGUUUCCCUUAAAAUAAAAAACAAACCCCCGAACAAUAGGAUUGGAUUUCCUUUAAAUGUAUUGAGGAAUCGCAGUGUUGGGGGGGGGGGUUGCGGCGGCGGCGGGGCUGGGGGCCAGGAGUGCAACUGGAUCCAUUCAUACUCCCGUAGCAGAUGAUUUAAAGCGUGGGAAGUGUGGGUUGCUACCCUUUAAAUAAGCGCGCUGCUUUGGAAAAGAAUGGGUUUCUUAGCUCGGUGGAGGUAAGCAUCCAGCGCUCCAGGUCGGCCUUUAGGACCCCCGCCCUACAGAAGUGAACAAACCUUUUAGCGAAAGAGGGAUUGAAAUUGGCAAAAGGAAUGGAAUUGACAAACCAAAGCCUGCCGGUUGCAUCAAACUCCUAAGAGCAGAGCAGAGAGAGAAAGCGUCACCGGCGUGUUCUGUUUCCCAGUCCACCAGCUCCCCUCUUUUUCUCCUGUUCAGAAUCUGGAGGUACAAAAUUAACAACACCACACACAUGCCUUCAUUCCACCACCACCACCACCCUCCAAAAGAACAAAUUGUCAAAAGGGGAUGUUUUGAUUGCGUUGGAAGGUGCGUAAAAUGUGCGCGUUCUAGAAUUCUGCCAGCCUUCAUUUGAAUGCGCGUUCCGCCUCCUCUCUAAAUGAGGGAAGCCUUUGAUGGCACACGCUCCAAUUACCACCCUAAAAUGCUACACACUCUCUAUCUUUCUCACACCCUCUGCGAUCAUUCUCUUCCUCCCCCCCCCCCCAUAUAACGCCACAACAGCAGCAGCAGCAGCGGCAACGCGCUCCCAAAGAGUAGCAGCCCUACGCGGGUGAUCGACACUAAUAAAGUGUGUUUAUCGCCGUAGGAGAGCAAACGGUCAGUCAAUCAUGUCUUUUAUUAUUUGCCUUUCAGAAAAACGGCUGAUUUCCCUAUGCGUCGGUUGCGGCAAUCAAAUCCACGAUCAGUAUAUUCUGCGAGUUUCCCCGGAUUUGGAAUGGCACGCGGCCUGCUUGAAGUGCGCAGAAUGCAACCAAUAUUUGGACGAGACUUGUACGUGCUUUGUUAGGGAUGGGAAAACCUACUGUAAGAGAGACUAUAUCAGGUACGGAGCUUGCCCUUUCCUCUCCUCCGCUCCUUCGGUCGCGUCGCAGUUAGAGACGGUUCCAGUUGAGCCUUGUUUAUUUUCUAUCUGUAUAAGGUUUGGGAGAGUAAAAACAUAAACAAAAACAAAAACCCCAAUUCUUUAAAUUCCUCUUCCCCGUUUAAAAGAAAUGAAACUGCGAUCUCCUAAACACGCUUACCUGGAGGUAAGUGUGUGUUUUUUCCUAUUAGUGCCAAGAAAAUGUGUUAAGGGGUUAGAUUAUUUAGGCGUGUGUACAAGCGCCUUCCGUUCCUAUCGAGUGUCAAGCCCUACUGAGUUCAGUGGGAAAUUAACUAGGAUUGCAGUGCAAGCUCACUGGAGGAAAAAAAGAGAGAGAGAAUUGCGUCUUAUCACUGAGUACAUACAGUUGAGAGGUAAAUUCUUCUCCCCCUCCAGAAAAAAAUAAUACAAUUUCAACUCUCUCUUUUUUUCCUAAGUAAGUUUGGGCUGACACUUGUGAGCAAAUGUGUAAAAUAAAUAGUCUGCGAGGGUGCAAAUCUAAAGUAAUUUGAAAAACGGGUUUCCUCAUCAGAUAGACUUGCUUUUAAGGAAAGGUAUACAAAUCCAUACUGGCAAAUUACUCGCAAGAUUUCUCAGUAAUCCGCCGAUCUGACCUCCAGGUAAAGAUCUUAGAAGCUGGGUGCCUCUCGGCGGUAAGGGCUAUUGAAAUUAGUGGUAGUUACUUCUGAGAAGAUGCGUGUGAGAUCUAGGUGUGAGUACCUUCUUCGAUUGUUGCAAAUGUGGUAAUGUGUGUAUUUUUUUUUAUUUUUUUUUUGCGGGGGAGGGGAGCGGCAGCGACAAUAUGUUGCCAUUUAAGCUGGCUCAAACUGCCUUUCUCUAAACUACGCGCCCCCAACGCUUCCUCCAUUCAACUCUAACUAAUAUCAGUAUAAUUGAAAUUAAGUGGUGGCGUUCAGGCCUGCUUGCUUCCCAGCUGCAUGACUGCGUGUACGAUUUACAUAUAGAUUUAAAUUUACAUUUAUAUAUAUAUUUAAAAAAAAAAACUAUGUUACAACAGGAAAAUAGCAACACGGGCUCAGUUAAAACAGGCCAUUCCUACUCCUCCUCUCAGGCCAGCCCAUGGCUCCUUAAAGCAUGGUAAACAAAUAUGAUGAUGAUUAUUAGUGGUAAUAAUAAUUAAUAGUCCCCUUCUGCUUCCUGAAUGCAGGGCGGUUUCUUCGACUGGGGGGCUUUACAAAAACAAAAACAAACCCUAAACAUGACAUUUAAUCUUUUAAAAUAUUAACCCUUUGGGCGCGCUCGGACUGACUCUCUUUCCUUAUCUUAUCUGCCUUGAUGAAUUGAACAGAGGAGAUCAAAUUGCCCCUCAUCUGUGGGCGAACAAUCGGUACAUUUAGAUAAUGGAACGGCUUCCUACCUAGCAUGAAAAUCUGAGAGCUGAUUACACACACACACACACACACACACACACACGUGUGUGUGUGGGGGGGGUACAAUUGGCCGCUGCUGACAUUAUAAGGAAACCUUUAUUUCUUUUUAAAGAGGGGGGAGCAAAGGGGAGGGGCUCCUUUUUUGAACAGCUUUUUUUUUUAGGGAGUCUGACUUAGAUGGCGCUAUGCUACUGUGUCCUUUUUGCUGCAUUUGAUCUUUGCAGAGGGGGCAAAGGUUGGGCAACCCUAAGCCCGGGUGAAGGGGUAAGGGGAGAGAGGAUCCACUUGGAAAUUCUCCUGCGUAAGGUCCCUUGGCAAGGAAAUGGCAAGAGAAGUUUCCGCGCGGCUUUAGGCGAACGCAGCAGCAGCAGCAGCAGCAACAACAACAAUUUCUUGGGCAGUCUCUUUUCACUCAGCCGGAAGGAUCCUUGUGAAGCCCUCCGCGGUUCUCAAAGUGCAGCUUCCUAACCGGAGGCCAGUCCUCCUGAAAUCCGUGGGGCUUCCUUGCUGAGGAGACAGAGUUGCCCGGCUGCAAUCCUGAGAGCCCUCCCCCGCCCCACUCCCGAGAAAGUCGGGCAACGAGGCGAGACCGAGUUUCUUGCUGCUUCGAGUUCGCCUUUGUCCAGCAGACCCGGCUGUUCAGCUGGCUUCGGUCUAGAGGAGGGAUCCCUUGGCAAACCUGAUUCCCAGCUCCCCGAGAAUCAGGUGCUCGGAAGUGAAAGCAUGGUGAAAGAUCCCAUGCUCCCUCCCUCUCUUUCAAUAUAUAUAUAGAAGAAAACGCUAGGACCGCCAUAAUACUAAUACUAAUAAUAAGAAUUUAUAUUAUAUAUUAUUUGUUCACGAGGUGAUCCCCGCACCCCGACUGUAAACCACUGCGUUACUCAGAAGUAACCGCCAUUGUCUCGACACUGGGGCUUUAGUUCCCCAGAACAUGUGUUUAGGAUGGCAACUUUAGAGAGAGUGACUUGGAAAGCAAAUCCCAUUGAUGGGCAUCAGGGCUUCCUUUCAUGCAAGUCCGUGUGCGAAGGGAUCUCAGCCUUUUGCUGCCCGCCGUCUUUCAAACAGGAUUUACUUGCCUUGGCUCAGAAGGAACGCUUUCCCGACUGGCGCCUGAGUUGGCCCUUCGUGUCCUUGUCUAGCUGGGGCAGAAGCGAGUUGGGGGGGGGCGGGCUUUGAUUCUUUAGCCUGAGAUUGAGAUACUAAUAGAGAAGCGGGUAGAAUUAUGGAAUCAUAGACUCAGGGUAGAGUUGAACUUUUAAAAUUAAGCCUUUUCCUCCUAUUUCCGCGCCACCACCUCUGUAUUCUUCUUUUAAGAGGAGGGACUUACACAUCAACAACAUAUGUAGAUUAUCUGUAUGUGUACAUAUGGGUCCAAUGUGAAGCCAUAUCAAAGCCUAGCCGAAGACUCUGUCUUUAUAAACUCUGAAUUCUACAGAAAAGCGACCUUCUAUGUCUUCAUUCGUGGUCUGCGGGAGCUUUUCAGCGCUACUGAGAGUUCUCUGUAGAUUUGUGGUGGUGUUUCUGGAACAGAAGGCGGACGUCGCCCUUAGGCUGCAAACCUGCACACAUUUCCCCGGAAGUAAGUCCCACUGAACUCGAUUGGACUUGCUUCUGGGUAGACGUGCAUAGAUAGGCUCUCUCUGCCCCAGUCUUACUUUGGGAAACUUACUAUUCUGAAGCAAUUUCUCACUGAUUUCAAGAGGGCUCUUUCAAAGAUCACCAGGAGUUGCUGGCAGUUAAGAUUAUUGGGGGGGCGGUUAUAUGGGGGGAAAUGGGGAAGGGGCGGGUAAAACAGCUGCUCAAGCGGUCCAAAUAAAACCAUUUAGUGCAGCGGGUUUAUUCGCGGCCACACGCCUGUUCCUUCCCGGAGAUAUUUCGUCUCUGGGAAAAGCCUUUGCAGUGCCUAGUAGCGAUCUGGGAGAGCGUUCCCUUGAACUUGACUUACACCCAAGUAAACAGGCAGAGCCGGGAGCGUAAAGAUGCGGAAGCAAAGGCAGGCCGAAGGUUUUGCCUCUGAGUAUUGCAAGAGGGCUUAGGAUAUUGGUGGCCGCGAUUCACUGACUCCAGAUCCACUGUUUUACUCCUGAGUUUUGUAUUUGAUUGUUUAUAUUUUAAGAGUCGAGUUUAGCCUUUUCCUUCCUUUUUGAUGAGCGGUUUUUGGAGGGCAGGGUUGGUUCCAGCAUUGCAUUUUAGCCCCCAAUAAACUCCCAAUAAAAGUGGACGCCCCCGGAAUAAGUUUCCCUAAGCGUCACGAUUCCUCCUCUUUUCAUUGUAUAAAAGGGUAAGCUGCCAUUUUCUCUUUGGGAAUAUUUGGUUCUGUUUUUGGUGUGACGAGACACAGAAGCGGCUUUUUAAAAACUGCAAUCUUUUAAAGACUCUUUUAAAAGGAAGGGAGUCAGUGGGAUUUUCUCCAAAGUCACCCUGUCCAGGACCAGGAUGGGUUGCAUUAUUAUUUAUCUCAGAAGUAUAUAUAAAAAAGUGACUCCAAUGCUGGAGACGUUUACUCGGAAGUAAGCACCGUUGCACUCCACGGGGCGAACUCGCGGGAUUGCAGCCCCCGUUGCUCAUUGACCCCCCACAUCUUGCUGUUCUAAUUAGACUUUCCCCUUUUCUAACCUGGUUUUUAAAGGUUGCUGUGAAGUUUCAGCCACCCUCGUUUCUUCCAUUCUGUGCAUAGGGCAGAUUUUCUCCCCUCCCCCUCCAAAAGAGACCGCGAAAGAGAACAAACAGAAAAAGCCCCACCCUUCUAAUAAUAGUAAUAAUAAUAAUAAUAAUAAUAAUAAUAAUAAUAAACCAAUCAACACCCAAAUGCAUGUACGGUUAUUUAUUUUUUAAAACACUUCCCCUUCGCUGCUGCAAGGUCCGAGCGCGUACACGGUACAAUUUCAGAAGCCACUAGGAUUGGGAAGUCGGUAGGAACCGAAUUCGCUCCGAUUUCUAUUUUCGCGAGCUUCUGGUUUGCCAGAGGUAGACCGGGCGACCUGGAAGGCGUGCUGGGCUUGCUGUCUAACGUGGGAGGCUGGAACGUGAAUGAAAGAAUGACUGGCUUGAUUCGACGGGGCAGCCGGAGUGAAAUCUUUCUCUCUUUCUCUCUCUCUUUCUCUUCCUUCCUCACCCCACCUCCGUAUUCUUUUCUUUUCUCUCCCCCCCCCCCUUUAUCCCCAAUCCCACCCCGCACCACCCCUUUCCUCGACGGGGCCUGGGCUCAGGCUAUACGGCAUCAAGUGCGCCAAGUGCAACAUCGGCUUCAGCAAGAACGACUUCGUGAUGCGCGCCCGCUCCAAAGUGUACCACAUCGAGUGCUUCCGCUGCGUGGCCUGCAGCCGGCAGCUCAUCCCCGGGGACGAGUUCGCGCUGCGGGAGGACGGCCUCUUCUGCCGGGCGGACCACGACGUAGUGGAAAGGGCCAGCCUCGGAGCUGGGGACCCCCUCAGCCCCUUGCACCCCGCCAGGCCGCUGCAGAUGGCAGGUACUUCCUGGUCCCCCCUCCCAGAGACUUCGGGGAGGGCAGGGGAGGGGGGAGGGCAAGGGAGGGAGGGUCCCUCCGGGCCUUUGUUCCAUAUAUGUGUUUUCUCUCCCACUCCAAGCUCUUCUGCCGUUGCCUCCCCACCCGCGGUUCCCGGCCAUCAGUGGCUAAUAAUACCUCCUAGAUGUGCCCAGCCCCGUAUUCAUUUUGAUACCAGCUUCGCAGAGGUUAGUUUUGUUUUUUUGCAGAGGUGAGAGAGUUUUGGAGAAAAGGCUCACGAGAUCCCCGUGCUUCCGAUGGCAGUGACACUAAGAAGCAGAACCACACACACACACAUGCUCAAAAUCUGCAGACCUCUGAACACUUUACUCCCGAGUAAACAUAUGAGAGGAUGCCGCUUGCGGGGUAUCUUACACCCACUUACCUAGGGGUAAGCCCCAUUGAACUCGGGGGAGAACUUACUUCUGAGCAGACGUGUAAAGGAUUGCACUCUUCCUGACUAUCUCCACCAAGCGCAGCUCAGCAACAGAGAUGAGCCGUUCGUUGAAAUAAAAGGAAAGGAGUUUGCUUAAAUUUGCUGGGAGAUGAUGCCCAAACCGGUAGCGAGCUCGUCGGAAGUAAACUCCCUGUAGCGCAAUGAGACUUCCUGCCAGGAUCCUAAGAAUGUUUGCUCAGGGUUUGCUUACUUUUUUCUCUAGUAGGCACGCUUAGGAUUGCAGCUUCCCACCUCUUUAACUUCCCCUUGAUUGCAGCCAUUAACUCGCAUGGUCCAAAGGGUUUGAGUGAAACUCACUUGCUUAGAAUCUCCUUUAAAAUACCCCCAAAACUCUACUUUUGCAAACAUCCAUUGGUAAAACAACUUUGCACCCUGAUCCCUAAACCUUGGAUGCAGCUCAGAUUUAUCCAUGUUCAUUCAAAAGGGUUCCAUAAUUUUAAUGGAACAGAUUUCCAAGUCAAUAUGCAUAGGAAUGCAAUCUUAGUAGGAACUUCCAUUGAUAUCAAUGCAGCUUGUGUAUUUAGGUCCAAGACAUGAGUGUUGUCAAGAGCAAAAGCAGAUGAGUGAAUCCAAUCAAGGCUCUUGCCCUAAACCCCUUCUUUGAAAUGCAUAGAGCAAUCCUCUGCAUUUCUAUCCUGAACUAAGUCCCACUGAAUUCCAUAGGAUUGACUUCUGAGCAGACAUGUUUGGCACCGUUAGGCUGCGAUACUACACACUUGAAGUGUGCAUAGGGUUGCAUCUUUAGGGAACAAUCCUAUAAUGGGACCCUCUGGGAUGGGUGGGGUUAGGAUCCAGGGGUUCCCCAGCUGUGCCAGUAUAAGGCCUGAAAAGGGGGCAUUCCAGAGGGGGGUGGGACCAGAAAAAGGGGAUUUAGAAUGGAUCCUAUACCCAUCAAGCUCAGUCACAUGACCUGGCAGCCUGGUGUAAAUUAAACCAGCAGAAAGGGUGGUUUAACCCAUACUUUAUUGUUUUCCCUCUGCCUGCUUUAGGCCAUCUCAGUCAGCAUUAGCCCCAUCCUGAAUGAAGUUUGGAUCUGGUGUAUUUUAUCCUAGCUUAAUUCACACUGGCUGGCUUUAUGCCAGUUUCUUGUGUAUAGGGUUGCUCCUUUAGUACCAUUAAACUGUGUGGGGUAUUUGUUUGUUUUUUUACUUCUAAGUAAACAUGCUUGGGAUUAUAUUGGAGAGCAAACUUUGUUAUAAUCAGCGGAAGUAAGCUGGUGUAUGGGACCAUGUUGUUUUAUGGGAGAUAAUUCCUCCUCUCCUUUGAUCUGAAAAAGAUAUGAAGUCUGCCACAGUACAGAGGGCAGGCAGAGUAGUGUGCUCUACUACGACUGAAUUGCCAAAGAAGUAAUAUACUUUCAGUCUCCUGGUGGCUUAAUAUAAAUAAGAAAUAUUUAUGUAUAUGUUGUGUACGUAGCUUUCACUGUCAGGUAUGUGCGCUGGGUAAUCACAGCAAUCUAUCUUUCCAAAGCAAGAGGAAGGAGCAGACAGAGAAGUACACAAAGAUCACAACAGUAGAGGUGGGGGGAAAGAGAAGAUAACAGCAGUGUACCUUGCAUUGCAAGGAACUUUUACAGAGGGCACAAUUGAUUCAGAUGUUGUGUCCUUUUGUUGCACUUAGGUCUUUAUUCUAAGUAAAGAUGCUUAUGAUCCUGCUGCCCCAUUAGAAAUGUCCUGAGAAAAUAUGGAAAGCAAGGGGGGGAGCAGGAUAAUUAAUGUGGGAAACAGGAAAUAAAAAAAAAAUAGGGCAGGGGAGAGCAGAGAGGCAGAAAUGGGUCCCCCUAUCCAGAUGAGGCAAUGCUAUUCAAUGAGUUUAGGCUCUUCCCAGCAAGGCAUAUUCUGAAUGAAACAUGGGAUGGGGGGGUGGUUAUGCAGUGUGGAGGGGGAGCCAGCUUCCAAAAAGAGAGACUAAUAACUACAGGCACCACUUCAAGCUGUAAUUUAAAACUGUCAACAAGCUAAUCUUCAGUAAUUGGCCUUCUAAGGGAUUCGGCCUUCUCCUCCUGAAGCUUUCUGUGGUUUGGGUGAGAUUUUCAAGCCGAAAACUUUAGUGUCGACCCAUGAGCUGGCUUUACUUUUUCAUUAGGAUUACUUUUGACUUGAAACAUUGCAGGACCACUUCUUUGCUGCCUGCCCUGUCUAGGCUUCUGGGAAUGGGCCUUAUUUGUUUUUCCACCCUAUCAGGGCAAACAAAACAAGACAGGCUUGGAGAAUUCCCAGUCAAGAGCUUGUAACUUUUAAGUCUUUCUGCUCUUCUCUCCCUUCUGCCCUAUCAUGGGAGUGGGGACAGCAAGAACACUAUUUACAGUGCCAGUCUUUAGUAACUUAAUCCAGGGUAAUCUUUCCUUGGUUUUUAAUAAGAGGUUUAAGCAUCAUCGUUGGACUCCUAAUUCAGAGUCCAUUGUUGCACUUUACUUGGAAGCAAGUCCCAUAGUCUUAACUAGAUUUCAAAAACCUUUCCUUCCAAGUAAUAGAUGAGAAUGAGCAGUAAGGGUUUAACAAGUUGAUGUUUUGUGUGCCUCCAAAUCUGAAAUCACACUUCUUGUAGAGUCUUCCUUGCUAUACCAAAUACAAAACAGUGACUAAUUUGAAAGGGGAGAAAGUGUUAUGAAAAAAGCAAGUCAAAAAUGUGGAGCACAAUGAAACCAUCAGAUUAUCUCUGCCCUCCCCAGUAACUCUGCAUUUCUAGAUACAAUCCCAUAGAAUUCAUUCUAAAAAUAUUAGCUCAAGUAUUUUGUUUGAUACAUGGUUGCAUUUUUUGUAUUUUGAAUUGUGUCUUUUUAUAUGUGUUAUCUGAUAUUGAGGCAAAAAAAGAGAUGGGGGAUGUAGAAAUUAUUUCAACAUAUAAAUGUUCAGAAGGAAGUUCUACUAAUUUCAGUGGCACCUGCUUCCAAGAAAGCAAACUUCAGAAUGCUGCAUUAGAGUACAUUUUUCUCAACACAUUUACUUGGACUUUUCUGCAAAGAAAGUAGCUCAGGUUGCAAUCUACUGUGUACUUACCUGAGAGUAAACUCCAUUCACCAAUGAAUGGCACUGCAACCUUCCUUCCAAUGAGAGAGUGUUUUAUAGAGCAACCUCUUUGGCUGUUUACUUGGAAGAAAGUUUGACUGUCUUCAGUGAUGUUCAAUCUCUGUUCAUAGCAUUGCAGCCUUAAGUGUGUCAGUUGCAUUUUUUAAAGGAGAAACUGUUGGAACAUUUAUUUUGCUCUGGAUUUUCUAGCGGUGUGUUCUUUUGACAGCGUUCACAGACUCACCCACUUUAAAACUAUAUAAUUCAGCAAACUCACUUUCCCCGUCACUGCUUAUUAGUACACACAUGUUUAUUAGUUCUCAUUUUAAAAUUCGAUAUAAAACCCCACCGUUUCACAUUUUAGGCUGCAGUUUUGUGUUCAUUUAGAUCUGGAUAAGCAAGCCCCAUUGGCUAUAGGGAGGUUUCCUUCCUUCCACCUAAACAUGCCUAGAAUCGGGCUAUUAAAAGCAGGCUUUUAUGCAACUAAAUUGGGGGGGGGGGGAGGGAGGGAGGCGUUGAAAGUCCGGAGCUGUAGAAAGAAAGCCUGUGUAAUGGUGCAUGGGACAGGAGGAGAAUCCAGGAGGUGCUAAUAGCAAUAGAUAAACAGGACCUGGGGGAGAGUUUUCGACGGAGGCAAUUGGGUUGUUUGCUGUGGCUUGCAUUGUUGUAUCCAUUAACCCGGAAGUGGCAGAUGGUUCAGGGUAGGUGAGGGACUAGGUGGCCAAUUGAUCCGUUUGAGCUUUAAGAUUCUAGUGAGUGGCGCCAGAGAGGGAGGGAGGGAGGUCUUGGUGGUAGCCGCCUCCGCGCUCCUUCCAAAGCCCUGGUGAUUCUUCCUCGAGAAUUGUGAAAUGGCGCCCCUAGAUUAUAUGACUAUCUGCUUCCUUCCACAAUCCAAAAAUAUAUUGAAGUGGAAAAAUCGACGCCACUGAUUUUUUUCCCCAGCUGAAUUUCCUUCCCCCGUGCACGUUUGAGAGCUCAGCCUCCUUUGCGCGCUGAGGAAAGACCCUUGGAAGCAGUAUGGGGAACGCGGGGUGGACGGGGAGAGAAACUACCGGGUUGCGCAGGUGUUCCCGGUGAGGUGGGCCGGCAAGACGUCCCACCGAAACUGGACGACUGGCGAUUUCCUCCAGUCAACAAAAUAGAAUGAGUAUUGCUCCCUCACCUCCGAGAUCCGAAGGCUUGAGGGUCCCAAUCGUCGCCGCUCAUUAGAGAGCGCCAUAUAGAGUACCUUGGACAGCAGCUCCUCCGCUGACAGUCCCCUGUCCGCGAGGAGCUUCCAAUCGAGACAACGGGGAAAACAAGAAAGGCGCUUGUGAGAAUGUGGAGGAUUAAGGGGAUCCAUAAAAAGUGGAGGGGCUUGACAGAGAGGUGUCCCCGAUUCCCAUUGUUUGCAAUAGCGUUGGUUCCUGAAGUAAGGUGGAUGGAUGGAUGGAUGGAUGGGCGUCCAGGUAGUGAUGAUCCCUGCGGGGUUGGCCCCCCAGGAAGUUGCGUGUCAGCAUCUUCUCGCCCUCCCCCGCCACUUACGGGAUUCCUGUUCCUUCCUCUUUUUCCUCCCCCCCCCCACCCCCCACAGCAGAACCUAUCUCUGCCAGGCAACCGGCUCUGAGGCCACACGUCCAUAAGCAGCCGGAGAAGACCACCCGCGUCCGGACCGUCCUCAACGAGAAGCAGCUCCACACCUUGCGGACCUGCUACGCCGCCAACCCCAGGCCCGACGCCCUCAUGAAGGAGCAGCUGGUGGAAAUGACGGGCCUCAGCCCCAGGGUCAUCCGGGUCUGGUUUCAAAACAAGCGCUGCAAGGACAAAAAGAGGAGCAUUAUGAUGAAGCAGCUCCAGCAGCAGCAGCCCAACGACAAGACGGUGAGUGGCUGCCGCGGUCUUUCCUCCUGGCCUCUAGGGGGCGCCAGUUCCCGAAGGAAAAACUUUCUUGGUUAGUGGGCGUGCCUUGGCUGUUCUCUUGCCUUGGUUCUUUUGAUUUGCUUGGGGGGGGGGUAGGUUCGUGCGCAUGUGUGUAUUACUGUCCGAUGAGUGUGUCUGUCAAGAACGGCAAUUAGCGGGGCUCCCUGUAGCCAGCAGAAAAAGAGAAGGUCCCCAUUCUUCUGUGCCUUUCACAGCAAUCGAACAGAGAGAUAAGGGGACGCUUCACCUGUUGAAUGCUGGCCUGUGGAAGUAGCACGCUUCUAGAAAGGGGUCUGGGUUUUAUUGGGGCAGGGCUUCAAUAGCUUGCUGGGUUUAGGGAACUGGUCCGUGAACUCUUGAUUGUGCGCAUUUAUUUACUUUUUGUUGCCAAAUAAAUGGUCCAAUUGUAGGGAGAAAUCCCGCAACAACAUCUCGAUAUUCCACAGCACCCCCGUUUUAAAUUUUUUAAGUACAUGUUACAGUGACUUUACAAACUGCCUUACUCUAGAGUAGUUCUACUGAAGACGCUGGGGCUCUUCCAGAGACAGAUAUCAGUCUGUGGUUAAUUCCUACUUUCUUGUGGGGGUGGUGGGUAAAGGUCGGAGGAGGGACGGGAUAGAUCCCUUUUUUAAAAGGCUCUCAACUGACUUGCCGGAUGUAAGACGAUUCGAAUAGGUGUACUGAAAUCAAUAGAGUGGGCUUCUAUAGUCCUACCUAGUUAUUGUCGAGUUCUGGCAAGCAGAUUUCAAAGAAAAAUGCGAUGAAGACCAAUUGAAUUCAAUAGAACUUCGCAGUGAACUCCUACGUAUAUUUACUCGAAAGUAAAUCCCUCCUACGUUCAAUUAUUACCUAGUAAGUGUGUGCAUGUCAAAACGCAUAGUGGUGCACUCGAUGAAAUUAAAGCUUGCUCGGGAGUAAGUCCAACUGGAACCCCCUGAGGCUUACAGCGUAAUCCUAACUAUGACUACUUAGAAGGAACCCCUGUUGAAUUCAGUUUGGCUUACUCUUAAUAUUAACAUUAAGGUUAUUACAGCCAUACUCCGGGUAACCGUGUGUAGGAUUGACCUAUUUUGUUGCCACACUUUUUGGUUCUAGACCUGAAAGUCGGGCGGACCAAUCCUAUACAUGGUUUACUCGUAAGAAAGAAAAUUCUGCUGCUAGUUGCCUAGGCAGUUAUGUGUCCUUCCCAACUACCGGAUUUCAGCCAGAUACUCACGUAAGGCUCCAAUCCUAUGCAUGCUCACAACACUGCCCAAUACAUGUCUACUCGGAAGCAAGUCUUACGGCAUUCAGUAGGGCUUACUCCUAGGUAAGUGGAUCUAGGAUGAAGUCUAGCUGGGCGGAACGAGAAUUACUUGCGAGUAAACAGACUUAAGGUCUGGUUUUUAAAAUCCAAUGAGAUCGAACUUUAGCACUAGCGACACAACAGUUUCGGCAGAUGAGAAUGACGAGGGAGCAGAUAUUUCAAAACAACCGCUCUCACCCGAUCCGUUGCCUUUUAGGCCUUGAUGAUGCCGAGGCCAUUGUUGUGUUGCUUAAAGGAACAGCUAUUAAUGUUUGUUAAGACUGCUUAUCUGGUUAAGUGGAAGUUUAAAGCGUUGCGUAUUACCGCGGUGGAAUGUAAUAAACCCCAGUUUGAAGUGUUUUAAGUUGCUCCGACUUAGGAAGCUAUUUUGGACACAAAGCCUUUAGAAUACCUGCAGAGUUUAUUUCUCCCCACCCGAUUCGUUGCCACAAAGUAUAGUGGUGGUUAGCCAGGAAAGGGUGAGCUCAGUCAAACCUAAAUAAGCAGGGAUCCUUGGAAAUUAUCCUCGUUCCGGAUCACGUUUUCCUGGAAAGUUCAGUCUCACUGGAAGACCAUUUCAAUGUUUUGUCGAUGCCGGGGCGAAAAGUGAGACGAAUCUCCCGAACUUUCUCAAGAGGCUACAGUUCUGUGAAAUGGUUGGACUGGGACCUAAACCGGUUGUGUCCUUAGGAAGCGAGUGGAACUGAAUCGGCUUCAGUCCCAAUUCUUCUGCUCAACUGGCCUAGGGAUCCCGGUGAACGAUUGCAGUCGCACCUAAACUUAGAGGAUCAAUGGUGCCUAGGCAUGAUGUUUACUUGAAAGAAAAUGCCAACUCCGGAUCAUGGGCUUACUCCGAAAUGAGGUCCGCUUGAAAUACGCGGCGUUGUAGAGCAACUCGGCUUGACUUUUGUCAACCUCCAGGAGUUACUUCCCUUAACCACGAGGAAAAUACCCGGAGUGUAUAUCACCACUACUAACUAUUCACAGGAAAGGGUUCAGUCCUAACCCCACUUACCUGGGAGUAAGCUCCAUAGCGCUCAAAGGGACCUGAGUAACCCUCGGUGGCAUUUUCUCACGCGUUAAGGCAGGCUUCGACGCAGGCGUGUGUGUAAGUAACUCCCCUUUCAGUCAGCGAGACUUACCCCUGGGUAAAUAUGAGUGGUGUGUAUGUAUUCCCGCCCACACUGUGAUCCUGAAGGCCGUCAAGCUGCUGGCUCUAGAGUUGUCCCAUGCUCUAGUCUAGGGCUCCUAUCUCGUGCUCGGAUCUCCAGCUUUUGCGCUCUGGACGUGAAUUCCAGUGCUUAAGCAAUCGGGGGAAGAAGUGUGUUAUUCAGUGUGGCGGCAUUAGGAGGGAUCAAUAAAUAGAUGUGGAAUAAGUCGUUGGAGGUGGGGUACCAGUAAUGUAAUUAGCAGUUGGGGGAGCGUGCUAUUUGUCCGGGGUUGUUCGCCUCCUGUCCUCCUCUGUGGCGUUCCCAUGGAGUUACCCGCCUCUUCCUCAUUGGAAACCUUCAAGAUAACAAGGACAAUCCAAAAUGUCUUGAUUCAAAAACCCCACUAAGAUCACUGGGCUUUACUGCCUGAGAGAGAAGCAACCUAACAUGGAGUCCUAGUAUGCACCUUUCCUACUUGGAAAUAGACAUGUUUCCCCUGCGUGCGGGAGGUAUCAGGACUGGAAACGGAUCCUAAUCUACUUUGCCUAAUCGACUCAGCAAAGAGAGGUGUGGGUGGUGUGUUUUUUUGUUUUGUUUUUAAGAAUAAUAACACACGAAAUUCCGCGAAGGGCAGAUUAACAAAGUCAAUAGAGUCGAGCGUUUGAUAAGCCCGAGAAGGAGUUUAUUGACUCUCUGCGCCGCGAGACAAUCGCGGUUUGUGCGGCGCGGCCCCUCACCGCCUCUGCCUGCCUUGUUUACAGAACAUCCAAGGGAUGACGGGCACUCCCAUGGUGGCGGCCAGCCCGGAGAGACACGACGGGGGCUUGCAGGCGAACCCGGUGGAGGUGCAGAGUUACCAGCCGCCCUGGAAAGUCCUCAGCGACUUCGCCUUGCAGAGUGACAUAGAUCAACCGGCUUUUCAGCAACUCGUAAGUGUCAGUUCCCGGCUGCGAUGAAUGGGCCACUGUGCGCGCAAAGGCAAGCGCGACGCUCCUCUAAGUUAUUCCUGCAAAGUUUUUGUACGUCUGCUUAAGACCCCUGCGCCCCCCUUUCCCUCCCAGCCCCAGAGUUUAAAACACCUGGAGGUCAACUCGCGUCCCCACCAGAGAUCCUUCCACUUCGAUGCUUUUAGGCUGCAAACCCUAAAACCACGUAUACUCGGGAGUUAAAUCCUGCUGGAUUCAGUCGGGGUUUACUCCCGGGUAAGUGGGGUUCGGGUUGCAGCUUAAGGGUUUGUAUGAGAUAGCAGUGCCCAUAGAUUACCCCUAUCUGAAGACCCUAGACGCGUACCCAUGUGCUGGAAGGAGUCAGGAGGGAGCCACAGACGGCGAUUGUGUAGGGUUACCACAGCUGCCCAUUUGUGCUAGCCUCACAGUUAUCUUUAAGCGCAGAGCUGCUUGCUCUGUGGACAUUUGCUAAGAAGCAUACAUAUUGAUGAUCUGGCUGGCUAUUAUCAGUAGCAGUGGUAUUAGCAGCAGUAGCUAUAUUGGACAAUAAAAAAAAAUCAAGGUAAAAGCAGUUUUUGAUACUGCAAGUGAGGUAUACCCAAUUAUUUGGGAGGGAAAUUGUCCCCUUAGCAUUAACUCAUUUCAAAGCAGGUUGCAGGCAUCCCUGCAAAGAGGCUUCCUCCCUUCUGUCACACAUGAACAAUGGAUGAAAUGCCUAUUUUAAGAUGGCCUAUCCUGUGACAGAAACAUACAUGAUCUAAAAAAUAAAAAUGGAAGUAUGCUUUCCGCCCCUUCAAAAAAGCAGUACUUUAUUCACAGCCAUAUUUGCAGGACUUAUGUUGUUGUUUAGUAAGAAAUCAUAGGAUGAAUUUGUCCUAAAGGCUCCUAGUAAUUUUAAUAGGUUUUCCAGAGGGCUUUAUAAACCUUAGCUGCCAUCCUACUCACAGUUAAGAGACUUGUAUUCCACUGAUGCCAGUGGCAUUUAAGCAGUCUAGCUGUGUGGUGGUUUGCAACCUCUUUCCCACAAUACACAAAGUGCUUUCCAAUAUUCAUCUAAUUUUUAGUCUGCGUUAGAGUGAGAAGGCACAGGGAAGCCUCCCUCUCUCCCGCUUUUGACCUUUAUGACCAGCUAGGCUUCCUUUAUGGCCUGGGUUUCCCAUAACCAAAUUCAGCCAUUUAACCACAAUGUCAGACGCUAAGCUUAUGCCCAAGAUCCUUAAAAUGCUUAAAUUUAUUGGCAUUUAAACCAGCAUCUGCAAGUUGUCACCAAAUUAUUAUUAUUAUUAUCAUCCUAACAAUUAGACUAAACUGAGUGAAUAGGAUCCUGGUAGUGGGUGUGUUGCUUCUACUGGGUUGUACAGUGGGGCUGAAAUAUGGUGGUGAGAGUCUAAUAAAUCUAAAAAGUUAUUGGAAGUAUUGUCUGGAGGGUAGCAGUGUUUAAAAUGAACACGCCUUUCUAAAUAUAUACACUUCUAUAAAAUAUUACAAAGGUUAGCCCCUGUUUUUUCCUGUGAAAUGCACAUUUCCUAUUUACAUAAAUUGCUUUUGCAUAUUGUAAUAUUAGCCUUUAGCACAGUUUGUGCAAAUGUAUAUUUUAGCCCAAUUGUCUGCAUUUUCUUUUUCUUUUUACAUGCCAUGGCUAGCAUAUAUUUCUGAACUUCCAUGGAUCGAUAGAUGCUUUUGUCUUGUUUUCAUGAUUUUAAAAAAUGUGGUUAUAUAAUAACGUGCAACAGUUGCAUAGUAUUAAUGGGCUGGCUUUCACCAAAAAGCCAACAGGAAUUUACCAAUCAAUUCUGUUCUUAACUCACUUCCUUAUGCCUACAUCAUUUGGCAGCUCAUAUGGGACCAUAUCAUCUGCAAUACUUAAGCCCAACCAGGUGAUUUAAGGACAGAAGUUCAACCUUAACUCAAUUUCCUGGCCUAAGUGUGUUAAAACCAGAUCUUAAAAAUAAUAAGGUAUGUUAUGAAUGGUUUUUCAGUGAUUAAACUUCAUAGUACCGAUAAUAGAACAUCUAAUGAUUGGGUGCACAAAGUGUCUCCCAAAAAUAUAACAGUUUAAAUAUUUGUUUUGGAAAAUAUAUGUUGCAAAGUCCUUCUUUUUUUAAAAAAAUGAAAGUUUUAACUCUUCUAGAACAAUGCCCAAAACAAUUCCACUAAGAAUCCUUGUGUCACAAUUUAUGCCAUAACUCAUUUGGUAAGAUUGCAGCCUAAGUAUCACUGAAAUUGGGGGAGUUUACUUCUGAGUAAAUGCCUUCAGAGUUCUCCAGACUUUCUUGUUCUUGAAAGAGAAAAUACAAAUGAUGGUAAAAAUAGAAUAAAUCCAAUAGUGAUCAAUGUGCUGUGACUAUGCCACCUUGGAUGGGCUAGUUAAUUCUGAUUUAGGGUAGAGGCUGAUUUCUUUUCCUGCUUUGUUCUGGGUGUUGCCUAGUAUUCAGGCAGAAUUAUCCUGCUUUAAACCAUUCACUGCAGCUUUUAACAAUAGAAGAGAUGGGUAGACUUUGUGGGAGGAAAUGAGUCUAGGGAGAUACAAUGGAAGAUUCUAGGACAUGAUACGGUGUGAAAAAAAAAUUACGUCAGUAUGACAAAGAUGGGUAAAAGCGUAGGGUGGGGAGAAAAUUGCAUUUGGAAUGAUUUUUAUCAGGCAUCUGCUAAAGGAACUGAAAUGAAGUCAGGAGACAUUUUAUGUCCCCAUGCAGGGCCUCAAUACAGAGUCUAAAAUCUUAUUAUUACCAAUAUUGAGCUUUACAGACAGACACACCUAACUAGGCUACACAAGAAAUUGCUUGGAGUAGCAACAUUAUUAGGGGUGCUAAGCAAGCAGUCUGUGAUCAGAGAGGUGACCCCCCCCACACACACCCAGAAUCCCUUGCAGUGCUGCAGAGGAUUCUGGGACAUGACUCUCAGAAUGCGAGCAGCUGCGGUGUUGCAAGGGAUUGUGGGACAUUCCUUUUGGAUUGCAUGGUGCAGCUGCUUGGAAGAUGAAAAUGUAUUAGGCUGGCCCUGAUCCUCACACCCGAUAGAAAACAUCAGUUCUUCUUAAUUCCCACUGCGGGGUGUUGGCUUGCUGAAGUUUGAUAGGAGGUAGAUUGCAGUCUGUUUUUAAGAGAAUAGAAAGCAAUUUGAAACUGUAAUUCUCAUAAGCAGGCUUUUGUAGUGUUUAAACCAGAGGUGAAAAUGGGACAAAAGGAAUACUUGUACAUAGUACCCCAUUGAAAGCCAUGCUUCUUGUUCAUUCUUUUUCUCAGAUUCAGUGAUUACUCACAGGCAAAGGAUUAGUUCCAUCCAUAAUAAUAUUCCAGUUUCACUGAGCAGAGAGUACGUCUAUCCAUGUGCAAAGAGCCUCCUCAUUCACUUCAGUGUAUAGGGAAGCCCAUUCUCACAGGAGCUCUGUGUGAUUAGUGGAGCAUACACAAACAGAGGACUCUGAGUCUGAACAUUGUGCAGAAAUAAAUUCCGUUGAGUUCAGUAGGAUUUACUUCUAAACCAUGUGUUUACCACUAGGGUGCAAAGUAGAAAUCCACUGCAACACACCUUAAAUAAUCAGGAACACACUGGGAAGAAUUAGCCAGCAUCUAGGAUGAAGAUCUAUGGAAGAACGCAUAUUGAAUUUAAUGGGUUUGGACUCCAUCCAAUGUGGAAAAUCUUAACCAAAAGAAGAUAGCAGUUUUAUCAUUAGGAACCUAACUAGGCCCCAAUCCACAGCUGAGUUUAAACCAAAGGGUUACUUGGAUUUAAACUAGUAUGCACAUUUUCUUGGAAGUUAGCCCUAUAGAAUCUAAUAGGGCUUAUUCCUUGGAAAAUAGGGAUUGCAAUCCCUACAAUUAUCUGUAGUGCUCAAGCAUUUAAGGCCGUAGUUCAGUGGUGGAACAUCUGCUUUGCAGAAGGUUUCUGGCACCUCCAGAUAGGGCUAGGAAUGUCCUAUGUCUGAUUGGCAGCGGUUCUUCAGAGGUUCAAUGUGGACAGCACUGAACUUGAUGGACCAAUGGUUUGACUCAUUAUAAGACACUUUCCUUUUGUUCCUGUAUUACUUAGCACUAAAUUCUGCGGGCGUCAAGGAGAUUCAAUUUCAGUUUGAAUCAGGGCAUUGAACUGGAAAAAUUUACAUUGACUGGGAUCCUUACUUUUUGCUUUAUGAAGGGAAGGGGCUUCUUCUUCAUGGAAAGCCAGUUCUGGGCAUGGAAGACCAUGGGGCAAAAAGUGAGGCUCCAGUCCAUUGAUUAUAAUGGCAUUUCCAAUCUGCAUGCCUCUUUAAAACCAUAGAACAAAGUGUCCAGACUUUUCCUAGUUGUAUCUGGUAUCUGAGCAUUUUUACUAUUUUGUUGGGCUGCGGCAACCCAGUCAGAUGGGCAGCAUAUUAUUUAUUUAUUUAUUUAUUUAAAAUAUGAGUCCUUCAAAAGUGGUGUUUUGCAGCUGGGAACUUGUACCCAACUGCAGAACAUUUCAUCACUGGCUGCUUGGAGGGUGGCUUCAUGUGCUACAAUUUUCACUCGCAAAGUAACUUUUCUUGGGGGGGGGGGGGGGAAUCAUGCGAUGCUUGUAAUAGCAUUUAUAUAAGUGUGACCAAAACAUUUAUCUGAAAUCCUUACAACAACUCUCUGAGGUAGGUCAGUAUGUCACCAUAUUAUUUUUGAGGGACUCAGGCAGAGAAAUAUUGGCUUAUCCCCCCGCUGCCCUUAGAGAAUUUUGUGACCGAGGCCUUAUUUGAAUUGGGAUUUUCUUGUUUACAACUCAAGCCUCUUGCACCACAAUGUUAGGUAUGUUUACUCAGAAGUAAAUUCUGCUAUGUGCAGUGAUGCUUACCAGCAAGGUAGGAUUGCAGCCUUAUCCAUUACUUGACACUAACUCUCCUUUGUGUAAUUAUUAAUAUUGAACAAUCCUGUUUGCUUUCCAUUUAUUUGCUGCAGCUUCCCUUCCCAAAGCUUGUAAUACUGGGUGUACAUAGGAAAACACACACACUACACUUAUAUAUGUAGGUCCACAAUUGCUUUAUGUAUAUGUCAUGUUUCUAUUCUGCCUCUACUUCACUGGGCUCAGGAAAAGCUAUUUAGAAAAGGUACACGUUGAUUUCACUAGAAUUGUUUAAAGCCGCCUUCUAGUUUACCAUAUUUUCUUGUGAAAACCCAAGCAGUGCUAACCUAGUUGUGUUUACUCAUCCCUAUUCAUGUCAAAAGGGACUUACUCAUGGGUAAGUAUGUAUAGGAUUGCAGCCCUAGAAUAGUCUUCAUUGACCCUGAUCCAGAGAACUGUGAAUUGCAGAAGACCUGUUGCUUAAUGGUUCCAAGAUCUAAUCAGCACUAGAGAGUAUAAACCUCCCAGAGCUCUGAUCAGCUCUUACCUAGAGAAAGAGCAGAUAAGAACAUGCAUUUGGGCCUAAUGUGUGGGCUACCUUCUGAGCUGAGCCAUCAUAAUACUCACCUGUGGGCUCAUUGUUAAGGGAUGACUGAGGUGACCUGAGUCAACAGGUCUUCUGCACCAGGAACUGUUGACGCUUUCUCCGUUCUGAACUGAAAUAUAAUUUUUUAGAUACGACUUUGCUUAGCAGCUUUCCCCUCUAAAAUUUAGUCUCAAUUUGCACUUAUCCGUAUAUACUAGCAUAUGGAAAUUUUAUGCAGAAUUGUUUAUUGGGUUUGUGCCCCAGAAAACAUCUGUUUAAGUUGAGCAGCAAACAUUUCAGACAGAGCUGAUACAACUGUACACUGCAAAUUCUUGGGGAUGAGGAAAACAGAGGCCCUCCAUUAAAGUACCCACAUACCAAAAUACAAAUUUUGCCACUGCAAACAAUGAUGAUAAUUGCGUGAUCUUUUCACCCCAAAUUGGAUUGCUUGCUCAGUGCUCCAAACAUAUGAGUAUUAUGAGCUCUAAUAUAAUAUUAAAUACAGUUUUCUGUAGUAUAGUGAUAAAAAGUGGUAGCUAGAAUCAAAAAGAUAAACAAGUAAACCUGACUUCCAAUUCAACCUCAGAUCUGAACUCUGCUAGAGCUGUGACCAUUAAGUAUACACUUAGCUGGGAGAAAAAGUGAGUGAAGUCAAUGGGGUUACUUCUCGGUAAGCAUGUAUAGGAUGGUGCUGCAUGCAUCCUAACCUGGUACUCUGCAGCUCUUGUUGGGCAUCAUCUCUGACUGUUCACUUUGCUGUCUGGGGCUGAUGGGAGUUGGAGUCCAACAACAUCUGGAAGGCACCAGAAGGUUGGUGAAGACUCUUCUAUUCAGUUCUUUGUUCUUCCUCAGUCUCUGUUGGAGGGUGAGCUUAAUACUGACCUUACAUGAUUGCUGUAGGCAAAGUACACUGAACACUAAAACUCUCUCUUGCUGAUAUAAAAUGCUGAUGUUUAUUAUAAAUAGCUCCAGUAGCCCAACAUUUUACAAAACCCAAAGCUGUUCCAAGAUCUUACUGGUAAAUUCCUUGCUUUUCAUUUGUGUGGGAUUUGUUCAACUUUAAAUUUUCCAUCCAUUUUUUAAUUUCAGAACUAAUUGUCUAAGUGUCCCAAAUGAUAAAUAUUCCAUUUGGAAUGUUUGCAAAUCUACUCCGAGGCAAUGAUGAACUAUCAGGGUGACACCAGAGUCGAUCCUCACGUGAAUUCUUGCAAAUAUGUCUUAUUUCACUGUUCCCGCACUGUGGUUGCAAAAAGUAGAAAUGGCAGGCUGCUAUAAAAAUCGGUAGAACAUAAAAUAAUGUUACUAUUUGAGUUACUGUUGUUAGUGAUAGUAUUUAUAUAUAUAAUGCUGUCACAAUGUACACCAUAAGGUCUCUGCCGUGAGCAGUUUACAAGAAAUGCAAUAUUUUGAAAGCCAGAGAAAUGGGCAUUUUUUUUUUCUUUUUGUAAACCGUUUAUUCUCUCUCUUUCUCUCUCUCUAUUAAAAAAAUGUUUUGCAGGUUAAUUUUUCAGAAGGAGGCCCAGGUUCCAAUUCCACCGGAAGUGAGGUAGCAUCCAUGUCCUCUCAACUCCCGGAUACACCUAACAGCAUGGUAGCCAGUCCUAUUGAGGCAUGA